AUGGCGUCAAUUAUUACUUCCAUCAAGGACCUCGUCACCUCCAUAUUUGAGGUGAUAUUCUCUGUCAUCAAGAGCACGCUAGAUACCGGGUAUCAGCUGCUCAUGGCCUUUGUCCACUUCUUUGCCGGCAUUCCCAAGGUGCUACAGCAUAUGGUGAAGGGCAGUUUGGAAGCUGCAGGCGGAGUUGGGGCAUUCAUUACCAGUAACCUCCUCGUUAUAGCUAUGAUCGCCCUUGGCAGCUAUGGCUACCUGGUAUAUCGUCGUCGUGAAGGCCGCCCAGUGCAGGCUGGGACCAAGAAGUUGAAUUAA